UGAUAAUUAGUCUUUCAAGUGCAACCGUAAGUUUCUCAGUGAAAUAAUUUAAUGAUCAAGAAUCCACAUGGUGAACGAUAGUGCAAAAAUAAUAAGUCGAAGCGAAUGGGGUGCCAAAAACAGCAAGCGACCUCUGCAGUCAUUCACGGUGAAUCCUCCAUCUUACGUUAUUGUGCAUCACAGCGCUACUCCAUCUUGUGUUACUAAAGACAAAUGCACAACUGUCUUACAAGCGCUCCAAAAUUUUCACAUGGACAAUCGCGAGUGGAAUGACAUUGGUUAUAACUUCUUGGUUUGUGAGGACGGAAACGUGUACGAAGGUCGAGGUUGGGGGAAAAUUGGAGCACACGCACUCAGAUACAAUAGUAACAGUAUUGGAAUUUGUAUAGUUGGAGAUUAUGUUUCUACAUCGCCGAAUGAUUCCGCAUUAGCCGCCCUCAAAACUCUUAUUCAAGAAGGAGUAGCGAAAGGACACAUAAAAAGAGACUACAAACUAUUGGGCCAUGGACAAGUAGGGGCAACGGAAUGCCCAGGGGGUGCUCUUUACAAUGAAAUAAAAACUUGGAAGCAAUGGUCGCCUACUCCAUAACAUUUUGGAUACUAACCAAUCUUCCAUAGAGUAAUAUAGCUACAGUUUGUAAUGGUUAAGUCUCUAUCUUACCAAACAUAGGCAGGAUUUAGCUCGAUAUUACCAUAAUAGGUAGAACAUUCUUGUUUUACUUGAUUGUGUAAGUGUACAUAAAUAAAACUUCCAAAUCUUGAACUGAAAUACGAUUACUAUUUAUAAAUAGUUUUAUAAUGGCUAGGAUAGUACCUUUCGAUCAUUACCGCACACACUUUUAAUUUAAUGACAAAAUAUAUCCAUAUACAUCA